UGAUUCGGUGUAACUUGGCAGCUGUGCGGAGUAGGACCUCCGAAGAGAAAACGGAGAGUGAACCGGGUCGCUGUAUCAUUUCUCGGGUCCGUUUCCUGUCAGUUUUUGGUUUUGACAGCAGUUUUAGUUGCUCUGUUCGCGUCGUCUGGACCGAGUAAACCCCGAGCUGACAGACACAAAAAUGGAGAUAGAGAAGGAAGUGAAGAAGAUGACCCUCGGCCAUGAGUUUGGCGCUGGAGCGGCCUGUUUGAAAUGCAAGGACAAGUGUGAAGGCUUCGAGCUGCAUUUCUGGAGAAAAAUCUGCCGAAACUGUAAAUGUGGUCUCACAGAGCACAAUGUGCAGAUGAACUCGGAGGAGAACAAGAAGGUAGGCAAGCUGUUCGAGGACACCAAGUACACUGGCCUCAUCGCCAAGCUGAAGACAGAUGGCAUCCCCAGCUACAAGGGCAACAUGAUGACCAUCACUCUUCCCAGCCCAGCUACUGCUCACGUUGUAAUGCCGAGUGCUUCUUCCACUGUGGUGCCCCCCUCUGCCACAUCUGGUUCUGUACAGCCUGCUGGAGCCACUGCAGGUACAGCACCCAGCGGCGCUCAGGCACAGGCUCAGGCUCAGGCUCAGGCUCAGGCUCAGGCUCAGGCCCAGGCUCAGGCCCAGGCCCAGGCUCAGGCUCAGGCUCAGGCUCGGCCUGUACCAGCCAACGUCACACCCGUCAAGGCUAACAAAGUGCCGGUGGCUGUCAGCACCACAUCAGCCAAUGUGGUACCAGUCCCCAAAGAUGUGCCAAUGAAGUCUGUCACCUAUGAGUGGGCACCGCCAGUAGCCAAUAAGUAUCUGGCGGUGCGCUACAUUGAGCUGCUCCCGCCAGAGAAACGUCCGGUGGCCGGUACAGAGGGAGCUGCCUACCGUCGGCAGCAGAUGGCCCGCCAGCUGCCUGAGCAUGACCAGGACCCGUCCAUGUGCCAUGAGCUGACCCCGGCAGAGGUCAAGCAAAUGCAGCAAUACGUCCGCAAGUACAAGGACGAGGCCUUGGGGGUUGGAGAUGUUAUGCUGCCCGAAGAGAUGGCUCUGGUUCAGGCCGGAAGGCAGGGUGCAGCUGGGGAAGGGGCUGGAGGUGCACCGGGUGCUGGAGGGGCAGGGUUUGGUACACCUGGAGCUGCUGGUGGUGGAGCUGGAGGGGCUGGGUUUAGACCAGGUGUUGGUGGUGCUGGGGUUGGAGCUGGUGCUGGAGCUGGUUCUGGGCCAGGGGGUGCAGGUCCUGGUGUUGGGGCUAUGGUCGGAGCUGGAGCUGGUUCUGGCUUUGGACCUGGAGCAGGGCGUAGCGGAGCUGGAGCUGGCGCUGGAGCUAGACCUGGUGGUGCUGGAACACUUUCAGGUCCAGGUGUUGGACCAUCCGACCAUGGAGGAGCAAUGGGUACUACUGCCACUGCUGGAGCCAUGGGCGUCCCUGGAGCUCAGCAAGCUGGACUGCCACAGCAGAGCUUUUCGUGCCAUCACUGCCAGCAGCCAAUGCGUCUGGGCGAGCCAGCCGUCUAUGCUGAGCGGGCCGGCUAUGACAAGCUGUGGCACCCAGCAUGCUUUGUGUGUUGUACCUGCAGCGAGUUACUGGUGGACAUGAUCUACUUCUUCAAGAAAGGCAAGCUGUACUGUGGACGCCACUACGGAGACAGUGAGAAGCCGCGCUGUGGAGGCUGUGAUGAGUUGAUCUUCAGUAAUGAGUACACUCAGGCUGAGGGCCAGAACUGGCAUCUGAAGCACUUCUGCUGUUUUGACUGUGACUGCAUUCUUGCUGGAGAGACGUAUGUCAUGGAGAAGGACAAGCCUGUCUGCAAGCCCUGCUACAUGAAGAACUACGCUGUGAAAUGCUCAGCCUGCCAGAAUGCGGUGGAGCCCGAGGCCCAGAGGGUUUCCUAUGGAGAGAACCACUGGCACGCCGAGCCGCAGUGCUUCAAGUGCUCCGGAUGCUCCAAGUGCCUGAUCGGCCAGCGCUUCAUGGCAAUGCAGGGCUUCCUCUUCUGCUCUGCGGAGUGCAAAAAGAAAACCAUGGCUUAGAGGGCCAAAACAAUUCCCUCCAUCUACUGCACAACCACUUGUGAAACCAGGACAGAUUGAGAUUAAACUAGAACCAGAGCAGGGAAACAAACACUGGUGCAGCUGGAUGAGGGCAGAGAAAACAAAAACCUAGUGCCUGAUAACUCGCUGUACAAUAAUAUUACCAUUUGCAUUAGGGUGCUCUUUUCUUUCUGUCAAUGGAAGACCAUGGUAUAAAUCUGUCUCAACUAGUCACUUGAACAACCUUUCAGUCUGUCCUCUGCCUUAAAAUCAGCCUUCUUUCAACAUGUUUUUCUUACUGAUGAGAUUAGUUUUGUAUUGGUUCAAUGUGGCAAUUCAGUUUUUUAACCUUAAACCUGUGUCUGUUUAGCGGUAUUGGCGCUGUUGUACCCCAAAGAAGUGUUACUGUUGAUUUAUCAUGCCACCUUGAACUGCUUCCUUCAUACGAAAACUACUGAUACUCACUGUCCUCUAUGCAGCAGUAUGAUGAGCAAUAUUAGCCAGGUUUGGGGUUGAUCUGCUUCCAGUGCACUGUAUUCCAGAUCAAACUGAAAUCAAAUAAUAAUAUUAUUCUCAGUCAAAUGAUUAUGCAGCAGUUUUUUUUUUUUCUUUGAUUGACAGUAAGAAUUUCAACUGCCUGAAUUUAUAUUGUAUUUUAGGGCAACGAAACAAUGUGAAAACUUUCCAGUAUACACCACCAGUUACCAGUUUAUGAGUUACACCUGUACAAACUAUUACUAUCAUCCUCCUUGUGUAUGUUAAUGUGGAUAAACAACAUGAACAAAGAAUGUGGAUUAAUGCAAGGAUUUUGGAUUGCAUUAGCAUUUAUCUAAUGAACUGAUAACCCUGCACUUAAAUCCAGUACAAUAACACCACUAACCAUAUCCUAAGAAAAUGCUUUAGAAUUGAUUAAACAACUCUCCGAUGCAGUCUCAACAUGAUCUUCACAAAUAUUAAGCUACUGUAUUAGAUUGUGCAGAUUGUUCAUUAUUUAUAUAAAAAAUUAAGAACCACUGAAUAAAAUUCUUUUUUGCAUCUCCA